CGGCUGCAAUUCAAUCUGCAAAUCUCAGAUGAAAUCACACCGCCACAGAUAUUAUUGCUUCUCCAAUUCAUCGGCGACGAUAUCCGCCAUUGACGACCGAUUCCCGAAGAUCUCAAACUCGCCAUCGACCAACGCCUCCACUCAGUCUCAAGCUUUUUCUGUAUUCUGGAAAUUCAUCGAUUUAGGUUUUCUCAGAGAAGGAGUAGUUUGUAUUGUCGUCUCAGAUUCACAAUCGGUUUCGUCGUUAUCCCUCGGAACUUGUUGCCUCCACUUCGCCGCAUUGCGCUGCAGUUAUCCACGACCAGUUCUUGAAAUUGAAUCAUUUCACCAAGUGAUACUUCGAGAAAGAUGGACUCUGUUUAGUUAGAUUGUAUUAUAAUUCCCAGUUUGUUUGUAGAAUCUUAAAAUCCAGCUAAGCUUCCGGUCAGAGGCAAAAAGGGUCCAGUAAAUCCCAGAUUCACUGAUUGUCGGAUGGCACUGCUUCCGUCAAAGGGAGUGGUGAUUUCAGUUCCCACCCUCAUUCUAUCAGCUGCAGCUUUUGCAAUCCUCCUAUUCUUCUUGCUCUCAGCCACCUCGCCCCCCGCUGCUCCUUGCUCUUGCCCCAUCCCUACUGGGGACUAUAGCAGCAAGGUAGGUGGACAGCGUGUUACAACCUCAGCUGAGGACAUAGAUUGGUUGAAGAGUCGUGUUGAAGCCAAUGGAUUACAUAUGCAGCAGAACAUUCUACGCAAGGGCAUAAACCCCCGAACUCGUCAACAGCAGCUCCAGGAUCUUCUUCAGUUCAAAGGCAUAUCUCACUAUGAAGGAGAAGAUGCUAAUAACCAUACUGCCCUCCCUUGUCCCGGUGAGCUACUUGUAGAAGAACAUCACAGCAAUUAUGGGGAGCCUUGGGCAGGAGGAAGGGAUGUGUUUGAAUUUCUUGCAGAGUCGGCUCACCUAACACCAAAUUCAAGAGUUCUUGAGAUCGGGUGUGGCACACUUCGUGUUGGCCUGCAUUUCAUACGGUACUUAGAUCCAGAGAAUUUUCAUUGCCUAGAAAGGGAUGAGCUCUCUCUAAUGGCUGCACUACGCUAUGAGCUUCCUUCGCAAGGCUUGUUGUAUAAGCGGCCUCUGAUUGUAAGAGGCGAAGACAUGGAUUUCAGUAAGUUUGGCUCUGAUACUGUGUACGAUUUGAUAUAUGCCAGUGCUGUUUUCCUCCAUAUGCCCGACAAGCUCGUCUGGACUGGUCUGGAGCGGUUAGUUGGUCGGCUGAAGCCUCUAGAAGGUCGAAUCUUUGUGUCACAUAACGUCAAGUUCUGCUCUCGUCUGGGAGGUGAAGAAUGCACGAAAAGGCUGACUAAUCUGGGUCUCGAAUAUAAAGGCAAGCAUACACACGAUAGUUUGCUCUUCAACCACUAUGAGAUAUGGUUCGAGUUCAGGCGAUUUAAGGCUUAAAAUAGCACGAUGUAUCGAUCCUCGAUCAUUCUUCCGUCCAUGGUGUGAAGCGAGCAGCAAGUGUUGAUAAUGAACAUUAUUGCAGAGGAAGUUAGAACACUAUGCAGAGGUUCUGUUGAUCUUUCAUUAACUUCUCAUUUUGCAGAUUUUAUGUAUUAAUCGCUAUAUUCAAUUGUAUUGUAUUCUUCAAUAUAUUUUCAGUCACUAGCUCUAUGAAUUAAAUUGGUAAUUUCUGUACAUGCAUUUCGUUGCAAAGAUGUUAUGUAGUUUUAGUUACGAAUUUAUGGGUUUAAUUAUAUUAUUUAUUUAUGGAAAA